CCAGAGUCAGCAGAGACACAACGCCACAUGUGGGGGGAUCGUCGUCAGUCGCCUGUACGCCGCCGCCGAGUCGCGAUCAGUCCUCCUCCGCCGGUGGAUAUAGUUAUUGGUCGCGGGGAUUAGAGGGUUAAUUUUUGGACGGAGGCUGUCGUUAUCAGUUACGUUUGGAGUGACGGGGGAUUGAUACGAAGGUGUUGGGUGGCUUUUUUAGAUAAUUGGCGAAAACGUUGCUGAAGAGGUGAAGAUUUGCAGCGGAUUCCUCGAGGACAACUUUCGAAUCCUGUCGACAGUGUGGUGAAUUUGCACGGGGUCAUUUUAAUGAUUUAGUGCGAUUGUAUCGAUGCUGAUAUGCUAAUUCUCCAAUUUCACAAGGAAGAAAGGGAGAGCUGAGUUUCGAGCUGUCGGGUGACAAAGUGAGCUGUAAUUAAGUGUGUGACCCAGAAGCAAUCAACGAGCGUGGGGGUGUGAAGUUGGAAUUUCAUCGCUUAUAAUUAUUAAAGGCCGGAGUUAAUUAAUGCGCGCCAACGAUAACGUGCACAACAUGUGAGCGAUUCGCGUGGAAGAAGAAGCACAACGCAGUUUGAAGUUAGUUGGGACAAAGCCAACCCUGAAUCCCAACAAAAAAAUAAAGGAAGAAGAAAGAGAAAUUUGUGGCACGUGCGUGGGUGCGUUGCUGUUGAUUGAUGAUCGCGAACAUGGAUUGGCCGCGAUCGGAAUGGCAGGGCUGCUGCCAUCAUCGGUGGAACCGGUUAAACCGACGAGCUACCGCCAGCGCCGGUCAUCAGUCAAGAUUCCACCUCAUCCUGUGUCUAGUCGCAUGUCACCUGCUCGCCACACUGGCCGUCGGCGCAGCCGAACUCACGACGGCCGGCAUCGCCGGCGGCGGAAGUCCUGCCCCGGUAUCGGUCAACACCCCGUUGCAGCAGCAGCAGCAGCCCACCGAGGAUGCAGCACCCUUAGUCAGUAGCAGCAAUAGUAGUAGUAGCAUUAGCAGCAGCGUUAGCAGUAGUGCCGACACUAACCAAAGAAUCCAAGCGGCCGCCCGGGACGCGUUCGGGGUGAGCUGGAGUGCGCUCAAGUACGUCAACAAAGGCGAGCUGGGCAAGAAGCGGUACGAGAAGAAGGCAAGUUCGGGCGCUUCUUCGGUGGUGGACCUGGGCGACUGGCAGUGCCCAAACGUUAGUCAGAGCAGCAAUUUGGAGUGCGGUUGUGAUAUGCCCCACACGUUGCGAUGUCGCGGCGAUCUGCACGGGUUGGAGUUGAUCGCGGAGGGGUUGAGGGCUUCGAGGUAUGCGGUUUCGCUGCUGGACUGUACGCUGAAGAACGUUAGCGUGAUUAGCGAUGCGAACAUCUUUGAGAAUGUCUCGCUGCAGGGGUUGGUGAUAUCUUCGGGGGAGAUAAAGCGAGUUCAUAGGAUGGCGUUUGCGGGGAUCAAAGGGGGUUUGCAAGCGUUGGGUCUUCCGAAUAACGCUCUGGUUGGUGUUCCAAUGCAGUCGUUCGUAACUUUACCUGAACUGGAUCGGUUGGAUCUGUCCAACAACCGGAUCAAGGCGAUCCAGAAUACGGAUUUCAUCUCAUUGCCAAAGCUGUCCUACUUGGAGCUCAGUGAGAACCAGAUAUCCUAUCUGGCUCCGAAGAGUUUUAUCCCGUUGAAGAACCUGAUCCACCUCAAGCUGAAUGGGAAUCGACUGGGCGAAUCGCCAGAGAGCAUGAAAGCCAUCGAGUCUAGUCGGAGCUUGCGUGAGUUGGACCUCCGAUCCAACACGAUACGAGGUCCGUUAAAGAACACCACACUGCCAAUGGUGAAAGGUCUGGAGAUUCUCAACCUGGACAAGAACUCCAUUACCAGCAUCCAAAAUGGCGCCCUCGAAGGACUUGCCUACCUGCAAAUGCUCUCCCUCCGCCACAACCAAAUCGAUGUCCUACAAGAUCACGCCUUCUCCGGACUAGCUUCGCUCCAAGUCCUCGACCUCGGCCACAACGGCAUCGUUGCCAUAUCCGGAUCAUCUCUGAAACAUCUCCCCCGUCUCAUCGUCCUGGACCUCACCCACAACUUCCUGCGUGCCCUAACCUCCGACAUCGUCUCCCCUCUGCCCUCCCUCAAGGAACUCCGCCUUGACGGCAACGACAUCACCAUAAUAGCCCAAAAUGCCCUCUUCAACGCCACCGAACUUCACAGCCUCUCGCUCGAGAACAACCCGCUGGCGUGUGACUGCUCCAUGAAACCCUUUGCCGAGUGGCUGUCCACAUCCCGGAUCGCUUCUCAGGACGUCCUCGGAGCGGUCUGUGCCACUCCGCCACAUCUUGAAGGCGCUUCCCUGCUGCAAAUCACCACCGACAGUAUGAACUGUAAUGGUAGCGGCGGCAAGGAUCGAACCGCGGAGAGUACCUUCCGGACGAUUGAGGUGAUGCUGAAGCUGAAGAACAAUAUGUCCUACGUGCGGGAUAUUAGUGGGGACGUGCAGCUGAAGGGGAUCAACUUCACCGACGAGAGCGAUGUGUUUCUGUACUGGCGCAUGCAAACGGAUGAUUACUCGUGCCGGUUCGUGUACGUGUUCCACGAUGAUGACCCGGAGAAUAUACUGUACAAUUCGGAGGUUUCCUGUAAUCAAAUGCCGGAACUCGCAAACGCUACAGACUACGUUUUUGUUACCAAACUCAUCGGAGCGUACGAUUUGCAAAGUGAAUUAAGUUACAAAUUCUGCCUCAUCAUGAAGGAGGACAUCUCCAAGGACGAAUAUCUGGGCGCUUGCCAGAUAGCGAUCCUCCCGGUACCCAACCAGAACCGCACCAAAUCAAAGUCCAUCAAAAAGGAGCUCUAUUCGGGCUCGGGAAAGCCGGGAGAAACGGACAUUUCGGAUCUCAACCGAAUUGCCGAAGCGGACCGUGCCGACGACGAAGGUGGCGCCGGUGAAGAUCAGUCCGGGGCCGCGUAUUACGACGAGAUGUUGAUGAGCCGAAUGGCGGACGAUCCGGACACGCCGUUCAACCGGAUGCGGCUGGAGGAGGCCGCCGCGGCCAAGUUGCCCUCCGUGGGUGUAAGUCGGAUGGUUCUGGAAGGACUCGGCGCCGUCAUCAUCAUGACCAGCCUCAUGGCGUUCAUUUGGGGCUUUAUUCGGCUGAAAAGUGGCCGCAGCAACAUCCCCUCGAUGAGCACCUGCUACACGGUGGACGAACGGAGGGGAACGGUUGGUCAUGAGGCGGAAAGUAGGAGCAGAUACUUUAAACUGCAAGCCACCACGAGUUUAUGAUGAAAGGUUAAAUUGUUCAUUAGAAAUUUGCUUGCUAAAUUAACAUUCCUAACCAGAAGCACAGAGUACUGAGAACAAUUACCUAUUAAUUUAUUUGUUACAUAUAAACUGAGUCAAUUGUACAUUUGUAUUGUAAAUAAAUUGAGAAGAUGAUAGAGAUAUUUAUAUUUUUAAACGCGGCAUAAUAAACACGCAUACAGUAUUAGCAUUUAAGAAAGAUCGAUCUGUGAACACCAUUUUUUACUAAUUGUUACUUACCACAAAAUAUUUAACACUAUAGAUUUCAAGGGAAACUUUUUGUGCCAUUUUUCGAAGCUGGUUUUUGUAAAUAAAUAUUUUUGAAAAAUA